AAAGAUGCUCAGAUUUAUAACAGAAUGAAUGUUCUUUGAAUUAUGAUAAAAGUUAAAUACUUAAUUUAGGUGAAAUUAAAAAGAUCAUAGGAUUCUAUAAUUUGUUUAAAUAAUAUUAUCAAUGUAUGAUAAUUAAAUAUAAAUUAAUUAAUUAUUAGAGUUCAAUAUGUCAAUUAUGAAUGUUACUGAUCUAAAAAUUCCUUUUAAAUUUAAAUCAGAAAUACAUGACGAAUUGAAAAAAGAUUUUAAUAAAAUUAAUAUUAAUGGCGUUCCUAUAGAACAGACAGAGGUUGAGAGAAAAUUAGAUGCUCUGUAUGAAUGGAUCUGUAGUACACCAAAAAAUAUUACCUAUAGAGUUAAUUUAUUGCAGACUACACCUGAACAAGUAAUACAGCAUUUAAAGGAUGUGAUAUCACAGGAGUAUGAAAAUCGUGUACCAACAAUAACAACAUUCCCCCAUUUAUCAGAGAUAGUUACUGUACACGAUUGGGACGAAUCUGUGAAAUUAGAUUUAUUGAAGCGUUCUAAAGAAGUUCUUGUCGACGCAACAUGUGGAUCGGCUGUAUUAAGAGGUUCACACGUAUAUGCUCCAGGAAUCAUAGGAAUCCCAAAUGGUUUAAAUAUAGGAGAUGUAGUAAGCGUAUACGCAGAUAUUGUUGGUACUUACAAGAAAGGUUUACUUAAACCGUUUGAAAUUGAUAGCGAAAACAAAACUUUUUUGGGUAAUGGUAUUCUCAAACAAACAAGAAAAAAUAUUUUCUGUAACGACGGGCAAAUAGCAAGGGGAAUUGCAAUACAUAUGACUGAUGUAGUUUCACGACUCCCACAAUUAAGUAAUAUUUCAGUACCAGAUGGAUGGGCAUUAUUACAAAAUUUACCAUCAAUUAUUUGUACACGCAUUCUAAAUCCACAGCCUGGAGAAAUAAUCCUUGAUAUGUGUUCAGCACCAGGGAAUAAAAGUACACACAUUUCAUCCCUUAUGAAUGGAAAGGGUAUUCUAAUAGCUCUUGAUAAAAACAAACCCAAAUCAGAAAAACUUAAAAUAAAUUGUAGUAAAUUUUCAAGCGGUAAUGUAAAAAGCUUUUGGUAUAAUUCCAAAAAAGCUUAUAAUAAAUAUAUGGAUAGUUCGAAUAUUAAUGAUGGACCACCAUUUAAAAGUAACAGUUUUGAUCGUAUAUUAUUAGAUAGUCCAUGCAGCGCAUUAGGACAGAGACCACAACUUCUUAAUAAAAUUACUGCUGUACAACUUCGUUCGUAUGUAUCCUUACAAAGGAAACUAUUCUCAACAGCUGUUCAUCUUUUGAAAACAAAUGGAAUCUUAGUAUAUAGUACUUGUACUAUUACAAUAGCUGAGAACGAAGGUAUUAUCUCGUGGGCUCUAAAAACAUAUCCAUGUUUAAAAUUGAAUUCCAUUAAAGAUCAAUUAGAUUUUAUUAAAGACCAAUCAAAAAUAUUCUAUUCUAAAGGAUAUAGCAUUGACGGAUUAACAGAAAAUGAAUCAGAAUAUUUACUUAGAAUAGGACCUGAACAGGAUAGUAUUGGCUUUUUUAUAGCAUGUUUUACUAAGCAAAGUAUGGAAGAAGUUAACUAAAAUAAUUUUAUUUAAUUAAGUGUGAUAUGUCCUUACUUCGUUUUUUGAAAUUUAUUGCGCUUCGUUUUGCUGACAAUCUUCAUUUAAAACUCCUUCGCCGCAAAGUACACAUUUUUCUUCAUAAUUUGGUACAGUGGACAUUAUUUUUAAUAUUUCUAUGGAUGGUCCGAUUUUCCUAUUCAAACAUAAUAUAAUAUUAUGUUAUAUCAAAUACCUUACUUGAUGAAAUAAGUAUGUUUGUAUGUGAUUUGUAAAAAAACAUCGUUAAUAUAGAAUAUUACAAACCUUGGACUAAAACAUACUGUAAUUGGUAAAAUAUGUUUUCCAUUAACAGGACGAGCAAGUAUUUCUCCCUUAUCAGGAUUAUAAUUAAAAUCUUCGUUGAACUUAGUUUUUUUGAUUUCAACUUCACAUUUGUAAGCUGUAAUGUCGCGUAUGUAUAUAUUCGUAGAAAAAAAGAGAGAGGCAGAAUAGAGAAACAAGUAAUUGGUGUAAUAAAACUGAUACCAGACAAAUUUUCAACAUCCAAUAUAAAUUUUUUCUCUUCUCCGAUACAAACAUGUUCGAAGUUCAAACAUGGAGAAACUCGUAAUAAAGGUAAAUAAAUAUUUAAAAGCAACUUUAGUACCUAUAAAUUUUUUAAUUUAUAGUUUUAAUUGUAUAUAAAAACAAAAUCAGAAAUAUUACUUAUUUUAUUCAUAUUAAUACCUGGCUACUGUAGUCAGUAUAUAUAAUACGUAAUUGUCCUUUAUUAAACCAAUUAUUUGUAUGUUUUGAAAAUCCUAAUCUAUAUUGUGAGCUUGUAUCUUUUUUGGUUUCUAUUAUCUCUUCAAUUAGCAUAGCAUCUACUGAACAAGCAACGUGUACCUAAAAUAAUAUAUAAAUUCAUUAAUAAGUUAAUGCGCAUUACUUAAAAAAUUUUGUUAACUAACUUCUAUAGAAGUCCAUCCAUCUAUGCAUAUUUCUUUCACAUAUCUAUUUAUUUUAUAAUGAUUAUGAAUAUAAUCUAUUGUAAAUGGAUCAGUUAUCUCAAAUUUCACAAAUAUUGGGAUUUCUCCUUUAUUAUAAAAAACGUAAAUUUUUUUAAUCCUGAAAUUUAUUGGAUAAAAUUUUAAUGUGAAUAGAAUUUAAUGUAAAAUCUAUUUAUGAAAAGAUAACAUACUUCAUUGUACGAUGAGAACUUCUCAUUACAUCGUCAGCAUAAAAUGUGAACAAUCUAUCAAAUUUAGGGAUGUCAUAAGUAAGACGUGACAAAACAAUUUGUGCUUCAAUUUGAAUCAUUAAUGGUGUUAAUAAACUGUUGUGCCUACAAUAA